UUCAGCCGAUCUUUACUGACGACGUGUUGUGACUAGGAGUGUAUUCCCCGUGGCAAAUAUCGUGAUUUCUGAAGUGCUAUUCUGGCUACUGGCUGUAGAUAUAUUCUGUUGUCAUAGAGCCUUGCACUACACAUACAGAGUCUAACAAUACUGGAUCAGAGAAUUAAAUUUCAUCCUACAAAGCAAGAAGAAGGUUCCAAGAUCUAUCAGUACGAUACAAUAUCAAUACAAUAAUUUGUCAAAACUAUCACCUCUCACUGAACACACCAUCACUGUCCAUUUCCUCACAUUUCACAUUACACAUAUAUCUUAAUUCUUUCUUUACUACCACCAUUAAAUAAUUCUGUAACUUUACUUAUAUAAUUUCUACUACGAUAAUGUCAACAGAUGCUGUGAAACUGGAACCAGUACCUGUGGAAAAUCACAGCAAUGAAGCUGUUGGCGAUUCAGGUGACUCGACCAAGAACUUUCUGAGAACACCCACUUCCUGGGACGCUGAAGAUGAUAUACUAUUGAUGCACUUGAAAGACCAGCAAAAGUUGGGCUGGAAAGAGAUUGCUUCGCAUUUUCAAAACAGAACACCCAAUGCUUGUCAAUUUCGUUGGAGACGGUUAAAGUCAGGAAACUUGAAGAAUCCUCCUAAAUCCGCCGCUGCUCUCGGAACUCAAAUCAAGCCAACCCCUCCUUCAAGUCUCAAGAAACAGAUCAAACGACUGGACUUUAAACUGGAUGCUUCGCCAACGGGCUUCCCUGGAGCCUAUUCUCCUAUAGCAAAUGCUACCUUCACAGGCUACGACAACAACAUCUCCAAUGCUUUAGCCGGCUUAAACGCAUUGUCCAACACGCCUUCCAACACAUCCAGCCCAUUGCCAUACAACAUAGCUCCACAAACAAACCCCCUGACUCCGGGAGGUAUCGUAAAUUCUCCUAAUGUCAACGGACUGAACGGCGCUUCCAACACACUCAACCACACAACAUACGAAACUAAUUCUCCCUCUGCCGACGUAGGACUUGAUCCUGGCUCCGGUCCAGGAACAGCUGGUGGAGGAUACUAUGCUGAUAUAUCCAUAGACCCGACGAUGAACUUGCCCCAUAACCAAGCUCACCCCAGCCCUUCCACCUCCAUCACCCCUAGAAAUUCCACUUCCCAAAGCUCUGUAAAUAAUGCCUCUUCAGGACCAGCCCAUAACUUGCACAAUAACUCUAUCAUCCAAAUCAACCGAGAUGACAGAACUUCAGUGUCGUCCCUUAGAGCAUCUGUAUCGUCUUUACCAUCCAAGUCGAUGAAUAUUCCUCACCACCAACUGAACAACAGUGCUUUAGCCCAUUUGCCCAUUUUGUUUGGAGCAGGGGGAAGCAUAAGUGGACCCUCCAGAAGUUCCAGUAUCAGUGGGGCCACAGGUAUACAGCAAACAACGGUUUCCAGUUUGCGAAAUGGCAGUGUAGUAGGGUCCACACUGGGAUUUUUUUCUCGUUCGGGAUCUGUUGUGAUGUCCCAUAACUCAGACAAAAAGGACGAAGAACCUUUGAAGGUCGAGAAAAAGUCAGAAAUUAAGAAAAAGACAUUGGUGACCAAACGAAAAAUGAAACUGACACCGAAGUCACGCACACCUGUAUUACAAAUUCCGUGGUCUAUGGAAGAAGACGAGCUUCUCAUCAACAGACGAAGAAAGGAGUUGUCGUUUGCUGAAUUGUCUAUUUUGUUACCACAGAGAACAGAAGGAGAGAUUUGGGAACGUAUAGACCAUUUGGAGAACUUACGAAACGGCCAUAGACCUACGGCUAACAGAGAUUCCAGGAGAAGACAAUCGUCUCUUGGAAUUGACGAUUUCUACGAUGACGACGACGAUGUCAUUGGAGGCAUCGAUGUGAGUCAAGACGAGGACGAGGACGAAGAUGAAGAUGAUGUCCUUGUUGAUGUUGACGACUCAAUUUCUGGCUCAGCGAGAAAGAAAAAGAGAAGAGCAAGUUCUGCUGUCAACCCAUUGACUCCUAGUGAAUCAAUAAGGAAGAGAGUGAAGUAGUACUGUAUAAUUCUAUAGACAAAGUCUUAUCGAAGUCUUGUAACUAGCAAAAUAGAUUCUUAUAC